AGUGAUGAUAAUGUUUUAUUAUCUCAAUGAUCGUCUUGUGCAUCGGAAAGAAAUGGUGUCGUUUUAUCAAUAGAUUUCAAAUAUUCAGUAAUAUCAUCUCUAAAGCAGUCUGUUCAAGUUAGCGAGGACGACGUGGGAAAUUCAUCCUAUUUGAACGAUUUUAUUCUCAAGAUUUGCAAGGUUGAAGAAGCGGAGUUAUCCCUGUAAUAAUGGGUAUUGGAUCUCGGCUAAAUUAAUCUGGGAUUUCGUCUAGCAUGGUUUCGUUUUAAAACACGAAAUUUUCAUUUUAGAGACAAUUUUUCAGGCGCUCAGUUUGCAAAUGUUGAAGUUGGGCUAAUAUAGGCCUACCUCCAAGGAAACUUGUAUUAUUCUGUCUGUUUAAUGAGAAAAACUUUGCAUUAUCACUUGAGAGCGUGAGCAUUGCGGGUAUUUUUGUUGUUGACAAAACCGUCGCAUUUACCUAUUCUCGGUUAUGUUAGCCGUGGGGCAGAUGGACGGGUCCAGACAGAGCGCUUUCCUCUUAAGCACCCCACCUUUAGCAGCUCUGCAUAGCAUGGCGGAGAUGAAGACCCCACUCUACCCAGCCUACCCGUUAUCUUCCACCGGGCCGGCCUCUUCUACCUCACCUACUGCCACCUCUCCAAACCCCGGUGGCAUCCCGGUGUCCUCACCGGGGAUCAAACCAUCCUCCGGAAUGUCAUCUCUCGGAUCCCCCCAUCAAUGCAGCGCGCUAGGAACACCUCAUGGAAUAAACGACAUCCUCAGUCGUCCCUCGAUCCUUACCCCAGGAGCUGCUGCUGCCGUUGCUGCGUCCUCUUCUGCCGGAAUCUUGUCCGGAAUGCCCCGCUUCAGUAGCUUGAGCCCCCCGCCACCCCAUGGGCUCUACUUCAGCCCCAGCGCUGCAGCAGUGGCAGUGGCUCGCUACCCCAAGCCGUUGACAGACCUUCCAGGCAGGACCCCGAUAUUCUGGCCAGGAGUCAUGCAAAGCCCACACUGGAGAGACGCCAGAUUCGCAUGUUCACCCCAUCAGAAUUCUGUACUGCUCGACAAAGAUGGAAAAAGAAAACAUACACGUCCCACCUUCUCUGGACAACAAAUAUUUGCCCUGGAAAAGACUUUUGAACAAACGAAAUACCUCGCUGGGCCAGAGCGAGCACGACUGGCCUACUCGUUGGGAAUGACAGAGAGCCAAGUGAAGGUGUGGUUUCAAAACCGAAGAACUAAAUGGAGAAAACGGCACGCGGCUGAGAUGGCUUCGGCAAAGAAGAAGCAGGAUUCUGAGACCGAGAGGCUGAAAGGGGCUUCGGAGAACGAAGAUGAUGAUGAUGAUUAUAACAAGCCGUUGGACCCUAACUCAGACGACGAGAAAAUAACACAACUACUGAAAAAACACAAACCAAACUCCUCACUCCUUAUUCAUACGUCAGAAAACGACAGUUCGUAG